AUGACACAAACCAUAAAUUUGGAAGCAGAGCUACGAGAUUUCCAAGCAAAAAAGUACCCCACUAUCGAACAAACGUUAGUCAAUAAUGCAUCUGUACUAUAUAAAAGGAAGAAGUUCUUCUUAGAAGAUUUAAGACAAUCAGCUAAAUUCAUAGGGUUUGCCAUAAUAGGAAUCAUCUACUUAAGAGAUAUAUCGAUGUUAAGAUUGGCCAUAAGGGCGUUUAUUCAAUAUUCCAUAUCAAAUCCAUAUCCGACGGCAAGUGUCAGAGUAAUGGUAUCAGAUGAAAAUAAAAGAGCAUUGACCAAAUCAUUAUUAUUAGGGAUAAUAACAGCUAAUGGGUUUUGUAUAUUGAUACAUUUAUUAUUUGGGGUUUAUAAAAAGAGUCCAUCGGCAGAUGGAUAUUUGCAUGGUGGAAUGUCAGUUCAAUUUAUUGGAGAAAGGUUACCUUAUUCAACUUUUGAAUUAUUAGUAUUGGAUUUACUUGUUUUCUUCAUUCAAUUAACUUAUCAUAGUUUAAUGUGUGUUACUGAUGAUUCUAUUGUUUUAGAACUGAAAAAGCCGGACUUGAAUCUUAAUGAAGAAGAACAAAUCAUUGAUAAAGCUCAUAUUGAAGGUGAUGGUUAUAAUGGAAACGUGCUCCUAAUGAGUAUUGAUUUAACAGGUAAUGUUAGAAAAGUCCUUAGAUAUGAAGAUAGAUUCUCUUCACCUACACUGUUGUUAGGAGGUGCCACCCCCGCUACUCCACCAACAGCUCUGUUCAUGGUAUGA